AACACGCACUAUGAUAACUGUCAUAACUUCUGCCUGUCAUUGGAACACUUUAGCUAUGAACUUCAAAUUGCUUACAUAUUGACAGCCCAGCCAAUCCGCUUGAUGCCCAUUUCCUGACCCAGUGGCUGCCACAAUGGCUACGCGCAGCACCCGAAGUGCUGGAGCGCCCGUGGUCACGUUGGCAGAGAUGCUAGGGCCGGGCGUGGCAUUCGGCAGCGUAGUCAGCGUGUACGCAGUCAUCGCGAGUGGCAGCUCCGUUAUGGGGUCAACAGCUGGCGGCAAAGAUGUGUUCGUGUUCUUACAACUGCGCGACCCCACGCUGCCCUGGAAGAAGCAAAACUCCGAGGAACCGCCAGUCGAGACUGUGACCUGCCAGGUCUACGCACCAGCCCCCCACCUGCUGCCGAGGCUGGAGGGGCGGCGAGAAUAUCCCGAGAUCCUGUGCCUGCACACUGUCAAGAAGCACAAGUUUGCGGGAAGUACACAGUUGCAAGUGCGCGUACGGCCCGCCAGGACGCCGCAGGAUGGGGACAUGUAUGCGGUGUACCCGUCACAAGUGGCGCCGGGGCAGGACCCGGCGCAACCCCUGAUGCAGUCGCAGGGCCGGGACACGCCCUUUCAGGUGGACAUGCAGCGGGUGGGCGCGCUCAGGGACUGGCUGGGGAAGGGCAUGUUGCCGGCGCAGCUGCCAGUGCCAGUCGCCGCGGCACAGGCACAGCCAGCGCCAGCCGGUGGUGCGGCAGCGGGCGCCGUCGCCCGAGGCGGCGGCUCACCGGUGCUGAUGCGGCUGAGUGCCAUGUUACCACCCGUGUCUGAUUUCAUCACGGGCCGGAUGCUGCCCGGACCCAUACGGCCAGUGGACGUCAACUGCCGGGUGCUCGCAGUAGACUUCAGCCGCUACCCGGACCACUACGUGCUGCACGUUUGGGACGGCACCGACACCGCCCCAGUGCCCCCCAGCUACAGCUCCGAACCCACGCCGCCAGCGGACAGCGCAGCUGCCGUUGCAGCAGGAGGGGGCGCGGCAGCGGGCGGGGGGGCUGCACAGGGGCCGCGGCGCUCGCAGCGCAAGCGGGAGCGCGACGCCGACACCGGCGAGGAGGCUGACCAGCGGCCGCAAGGCCACGCUGCCGGUGGUGCGGAGGUGGUGUCGGCGGAGGAGGGGCAGCAGGAGGACGCGGACGCUGAGUUUGGCCCGUGCGUGCCGCCCGACCGCUGCCGGCUGCUGAUGCCGCUGGCCUCCAUCGCACAGCUGGGCGACAGCGGCAGCGGCGGCGGUGCCGGGGGAGGAGCAGGGGCCGGCUGGGAGGUCCUGUCCGCUGCACUGCAGCCGGACGAGAUGCCCAUCGCUGGCAGCGCGGUGCCGGUGGUGCUGCCAGCGGAGUUGUUUACCCUGGAGUCGCCCGCGCCGGCUGGGGCAGGCGGAAAAGGUGCGGCGCCUGCCCGCGCAGCCGGCGCAGCCGGUGCAGCCGGUGCGGCGGCAGCCGGGCCGGGGACAGGACCGGGUGGCGCUCGGGAGAGGUCUGCGCUGCCGCGACCCGGUGACUACAUCAAGCUGAAGAAUGUGGUGCCGAGAUACGUGCAGGGCCAGUUGCAGCUGGUGUUCACGGCGGGCAGUCAUUACGUGCUGCGGACCGCCAAGGACAUGCAGAAGGGCCUGUCGGAGUACAGGGACCGCAUACGGGAGCGGAUCCACCUGUUUGCACCCCCGAAUCCAGAGGAGUUGCUCGCACGGGCGUACCCGAGCUCAUGGCGGUCGCUGCCUGUGAAGACGCUGCGGCAGGUGCUUCUGCAGCAGGCCACGUGUGACGUGUCGCCGGCGCGCGUGCUGGCCCGCGUCAUGGCGGUGCUGAGGCCCGGCCUGCCGCCGGCGGGGGCGCCGCUGCGGCCGGCGGACGAGGCGGGGCUGCGCCGGGCGGUCAUGGCGGGCGGGCUGUUCCAGCUGCAUGCGGACGUGGCGCCUGGCAGCGCUCUGGACACCAGUGGCAACGGUUCCUCCUACGGCCUGGCGCUACUGCUGCAGGACGCGACAGCCACGCUGCGGGCGGUGGCGGUGGGCAGCGCUGCAAACCUGCUGCUCUGGCACAUCCCGCCGCCUGCGCCCACGGCCGGCGGAGCCGGCGCAGCGACCAUGCCGGCCAUCGAGGGCGUGCCUACGCAGCAGCAGCAGCAACAACAAGGGCUGCGCCAGCAGUCGCUUGAGAAGGAUGAGCCACCCACGCCCACGGCCUCGGUAGUUGAAGGCGGCGUGCGCACGCGCGCUCGCGCCAAGGACCAGCCGCAGCCGCCGGCCAUGUCGCAGGCGCAGGUCGGGGACAAAACCCGGAAAGGCCGGAGCCGGAAGUCGCAGGCGGAUCAGGGCGCGUCGCCUGUGUCCAAAUCACAGCAGCAGAAAUCUAAGCAAGGGCAGCAGGAGCGGCAGGGGCAGCCGAAGGCGGGUGCGGCCUGGUGGGGACCGCUGCAAGACGACUCAGAACGGCUGAAGCGGCUGGCGGAUGAGCUGCACUGCCUGGCCAACCAGGACGUGGCGCUGGGAACCUGGAUCGAGUGUGUGCUGCGGCCCAUGUACCGCAGCCGAUCCAACCCGUGGCAGUCGGCCGUGUACAGCAUCGAGCACACGGCGCUGAUGGGCACGCCCGCGGCAAAGGCGGCGCUGGAGGCGGGCGCGGCGCCGCCGCCGGCGCUGGAUAAGUAGGCGCUGGCAGUGGAGGCGGGAACGGAGUGGGGGGAGUCAGGCGAUUGCUAGGAUGUCCGUGUGGUUUGCAACACGAGCUUGAGACCGGCACUGCCUUUCCGGAAUAAAACGGGCUGCGUGUGCUAAUGAUUGCAUGAGCGGUUGCACAUUGGUGGAUGAGUGAACGGCGUGACCUCUCUGCGGGCCGCGCCCACUGUCAGGAGAGGGAAGCCGGAUGGUGGCCGUGCCAUCAGUCCAGCGCAAGCACUGAUGCGAGCAUCUUAUGUGUGCAAAUACUCAGUACUAAUUAUAACCCGACGUGACAAUUUGCGAGGUUCGUUUGUCGACGUGACAUUUUGCUUGCGCAGGCAAACAUGGCUCUUGCCGCAGAGGCUGCCACGAUUGGUAGAACGAUUCCGGUCUGGAGGAGUAAACUGCUUAAGAGCUUAGCACAGAACAAGCGGCUCGCGAACUCGCGCUAUGUGCAAUUGGCGACGGUUCGCCCAGACAAUCGGCCCGCGAACCGGACAGUCGUCUUCCGUGGGUUCCUCAGCGACGAUGAUGACUCGCUGACAUUUGUAACCGACAGCCGAUCGCGGAAGGUGGGG